AUUAAUCUUUACUCUUUUUCUCGAACAUCUUAUAGAUCCACCCUGGGUACCGUCGUAUUUUUAAAUAAUAAAUACAAGCAAUGGAUACAUUUCUGGAUUUGUCCAGACUCAAAAAGAAUUGGAGAGUCUGCUGGAGGUCCACUCAAGGGCCACACUGACAUCGUUUGUCAAAUGGUCUGAACACAUAAAAGAUGGCACCAAAGAGAGGCAUCUAUGGCAGGUGGACGAUUUCAAUGAAGACACCCCUCUAUGUGUAAAGAAAAGAAUGGUCCUUGCUUGUCAGCAUGGCAAAGCUCGACAGAAAAAAGAAAAGGAGAAACGUUCAGCAGAGCAUGUAUACACAAAAAAACUUUUUCAUGUCCAAAAUGGGAAGAAGUUGGACUGCCCAGCUAAACUUUUCAUUCGGCAUGUGCUGAGAUAUGACUCAUUCAGUGUGAGAGGGGAUGCCACAAAAUCCCAUAAAGAAGACACUAUGAGAAAUCUUAAGAUAGCACUUCAAAACUCAGAAAACCCACCAACCUCUACAUUCAUUCAUCUAAAAAUUCCUCUAUUGGAAGUUCACAAUAAUACAAUUGGAGCAGGAUCCUGUUUUUCAAGACCAAUCCAUCCAAAACUAAAAAAUCAAAUUCAGGUGAUGGUCGGACAAGGGAUAACUAAUAUAGCUUUCGUGAAGAGAGCCUUGAAGCAGUAUGUGCUAAAUGACUUGUGUGGAGAGGAUCUCCAGCGGCCGCACAACAACGAUGAAGCAUAUUUUCCAUCGAACACAACUAUCCAGAAUCACAUUCACAUGGCAUUAGUGGCUGGUCGUUACUCUGCGCUGGAUCAGGAGAAUCUUGCAAAGAAAGUGGCAGAAUGGAAGGUUGAAGAUGAGGGCAAUCGUUUCUUCUUUAGAAAAUGCACAAAUGGAGGAGAUGAAGAUCUAGAGCAUCAGUUUCUUUUCAUACAUCAGCACCACAAACAAAUACGGCUCCUGCAGCGAUAUGGGGAAAUGGUUCUUUUGGAUGCUACAUACAAAACCUCAAAAUAUUCCAUGCCACUGUUUUUUUUGGUUGUUCGAACCAAUGUUGGCUACAAACCUGUAGCAGAGUUUGUAUGUGAGAGUGAAACUACAAAGUCCAUUGCAGAAGCACUGGACAUCUUGAAGACAUGGAAUCCUCAGUGGACUCCAAAGUACUUCAUGACAGAUUACAGUGAGCAAGAGAUCCAGGCCCUCGCCCAAGUGUUCCCCACUGCAGUAACACACCUAUGUGCAUUCCACAGAGAGCAGGCCUGGCUCCGCUGGACUAAAGAUGAAAUGGUGCAGAGCCUAUGCGCCAGAGGCAUUUAAUGUGUCAGUCACCACCAACAAUGGAGUUGAAACCAUGAAUAAAAAUCUGAAGGCAUUCUACCUGAAAAUCUCCGGUACUGGGACUCUCUCUUCUCUAAUGGGAACAGUUGUUCGAGAAUUUAUUCCUGACAAAAUGAAAGGCUACGAGCGGCUGAAUUACAAUCAAUCCACAAGCCACAAGAGCUACAAUGAGGAUGUACCAGAGCACCUCAAAAACCGACCAAGAGAUGUGGUCCUCCACUGCUUGAGAAGCAUCAGUUCUGCUUCCCAUUUCACUGCUCAAGAUGUUGUGGAUAAAUGUGAUGGUACAUGCCUAGUCAGAAGUGAGCAAUCUCCCCUCUUUUACUCCGUCAACCUUAGAGGGCCGUUGUGUGAGUGUGGUGCAUUUCAAGAUUCUUACCUACCAUGCAAGCACAUGAUUGCCAUUUUUAA